AUGUCUCCUUGUCAGGCCAUGGAUGUCGAUCAUGAUCUGUCUGCCUUCAUAUUCCAUCACAUAUUCUUCCCCCUCAAGCUCCCACAGGAGGCUGAAAAUAACCUUGUUGAGCUGGAAAACUGCAUGGUUGUUGUGGCUAGAGAUGUGCUGCAAGACUUUAUCCAGAAUGUCAGCCCUGAGUCCCAGCAGCCAUGGGCCUUAGCCUUGAGCAUGUUGAAUAGCUGGAUUCUGUUGCAUGCAGAACAGGGAAUCUCAAAGUUUGGAUUGGAGAAUGCUCUGUCAAAUGUCAAAAUUACCGGGGCUAUUGCGUGUCACAUCAGAGCCCAGAACUGUGGAUGGGUUGCUUUCUAUGAUGAAGACAAAGACAGGCUCCUCGUGGAUGCCUUUGAGGUGUCUCCUCAGGCAAAACCAAGCCUGUCCUCUUCUGGGGGCUUAUUACGUCGGUUCCCCGGAGUUAGUGUCGCCAUCUCAGCAGAUAAGCUCGCCGAUCCGAGAUUCCGCUCCUAUCUAGCCACCACAAUCUCCAAGUUAGCCUCCGAAGAAGUGUCACAAAUGCGGCCAAAAGGCAUAAAAGGAGGAAGUCAAGUGGACGAAACCCGGGAGACGAUCCACCCUGGCCUUGUGACAGAAGGGCUGAUGGCACAACUUCUGGCACUCGGGACACAGAAUGAAGAGACGAAGCUUAUGAAAUGUGUGCGAGAUGAAGUCAACUGGAUGUCCGCCUUGUUGCCGUGGAGGCGCUCUCCAGCUUGGCUAGGCCUUCGAGUCGCUCUUCAGUUGGUUCUUCGGCGAUGCUUCCCAGAAGCAGAACAUCGCCUUCAGUACAAGAAUUUUAUUCUGUACCUCAUGGCAAAACUGGCGGCAAAUGAAGAUCUGGUUGUGCAUUCUGAUGAAGCUGUGGACUGCUGGAAAAUUAGCCAUGCUCGGAUUGGUCGUCGGAUCCACAAGUUGAAUGAUGAUGUGUUUCCAUUUGUUGCCAACCAGGUGAAUUCCACAAGCAAGUAUCUGCUUGGAAAACUGAUGACAAUUCAAGAGCAUAUCAAGAAGUCCAAUCGGAUGACUAUUCCGCUGAUUCCACCUUCAGCAUCGCAAGAUGAUCUUCAUCUAUCACUGGUUCAUUGUAAAGACUAUUUUCAAAUCGCAAUGUGUUCCCGCUUUGAUGAGGCACAGCCUACGGAUUUCUGUCCGACUCAUACACCUUCCUUGGAUUGGAUUAAUGGCUUCCCUAUUCCAAAAUUCAACUCAAUCAAGAGUCUCACUGAGUUUGAGCAAUGGGUUGAUGAGCAUCUGGCGUCCUGGUUCAUCAAUCAGCCCGCUUCCAGGGAUGUGGAGGUGUGUCGUGGCCUUGAAAACACUAUUUCAGAGUACUUGAAUCUCGCGCGACCAAAGUACGCCUCCAACCCACAAGCCACUUCAAUUAUGCUCCUUGUCGUGUUGGAACUGUGGGUGGUACUUGACAAAGCGGCUCUUCGACUGUGUCCCCUACUGAGGGAGUUCUCUCCCGAAAUCCCCGAGAGCUUCCUUGAACCUCUCCUGCUUCCUAAGCUGAGUCAAAUGAAGCGCGCCAAGGACAUCGAGCAGCACAUUCAUCUGCGGCAUAAGGGAGCGGUCAAAACAAAUCCCAGCAUCUUCUGUGACCCAGCACAGAAUUGCUUUGGUGUUCAGUAUUUCGAGAGCUCCGAGGAACAUCAAAUACUCGAGCAGCAAAUUGAGGACCACGCAGCUCGAGGUCGAGUAUUAAAGCGAGUAGAAUGGGAAAUGCUGAGUGACAAAUACAAAACGCUAUGCGGGCGAGGAGAGCAACUGGCUCACUACUAUGGCUACAAUUUCAAUCACCAAACCGUCCAUCUUAAUCACCAAUGCGAGAAGUGUUCGGUGGAGAAGCAGGCUGGGUCAGUUUCCAUAAAGGUCCACGAAUGGCCGCUCCCAACCAAUCUGGUUGAAAAAAGGGUAGCUGUGUUUGAACUAAAUCUUCCCAUUUGGUUUACAUCAUGGCGUAACACUACCUGGAAGCUCCUCCACAAUGUUGGGCGAAGAGAUACCGUGAUUUGUGACAGCAAGGAGCUCGAAUGGCUUCAAUACGAAGACAUUCAUGCGUUCGCUAAUCAGGUCAUGGCAACCCAAAGAGAUUGUGAUAAAAUGCUCAGCUUGCAUGAGUUUGAGGCGUUCGGAUGUCUUCGUUCUGGGGAGCACCUUCAAUGGUGCAAUAUUGUGCGCAACCUAGCAUCGUCGGCACUUUCACUGAAUGAAGAAGCUGUUGUCUCCCUUAUUAAACAAGCCGCCUGGGAACUUGGGACACCAUCCGGAUCUGUCAGAAGAGUUACACAUCAAGCCUUUGAGGACAUAGGCUUUGGUGACUGUUUGCUCGAUCUUUUGCACGAGAGGUUGACAACGAUCAAGACGAAUUGGAAUGAGCAUUGUACCUUUGAUCUCAUCGUCACACUUGGGCUUCGUGUCCUCGCGCUAUCGAAUGGAUCGCCAUCGGUUGAGAAGGUCGUUGAAUUCCUACGUCAAUGUCGACAAGUGGCGAUGGAUUGGUGCGAUAAAUUGAAUGGAGGGUUUCUACGUGGCCAAGGGAACGAAGAUGGAGGGAAGCAAGGGCUCAUACUUCGGAUUGCAUCAGCCUGCCAGGCCACUUAUGAUGUUGAUCCUGUUCUCUUGAAUAUGAUUCUCGAAACUCCCCAAGACUUGUUUUGCUUCAUUCGAUGCUCCAUUUUGCUCUUUGAAAACUCACCCUCGAAAACGCACAGUCUUCCAUGCGAGACAAAGCUCUGCUUGGAGAAUGCAGAAAAGAUCCGUUUUUUAUCAAGAUCUCGGAUAAUCCGCACGAUCAUGAAAUGCCCGUCGGGGUUGAAUGAAGCAAUACAGAAUAGCAUAAGCUGUCUUGAAUUUUCCGGGACUUGGAGCAUUUGCGAAGGGGGUGGUAGCUGGGUAACUACGGCAACAAGCAACAGCAUCGAAGGCUUUGAGCAACGAACCCACUUCAACUAUGUCACAGGUGAACUUUUGGUAGAUGGAAAUCCUCCAGGGAGGUUGCCAGCCAGUUUCACGGGCAACGCUCUCUACCAACGCCUUUUCGGAACGAGAAUCAUUCCGGUGACACCUUCGAGUUUGCCAGGAGCAUCAUUUGUCCUGUCGCACACUAUUGAGGGGUCUGAAGUUCACUUUGGGAUGCAAAGUGGGAGGCUUUUUAUUAAAACUCGCAAGGGCUGUCAGAUUUUGCAACUCAUACCACAAGACAUCCUCGAGAAUGACUUCCCCAGGGUGUUUGUCUCUGACAAUUUCCAUUGGUUAAAUUUGGAGACUGGGGUUCUUGAAUUCCGUCCCCUAAGCCAGCCAUGGAAACCUUGCCACCGCAAUUGGCAUUUGUCCUUUGAUCCUUGUGCGCCAGACAAAAUGCUCAUGGAACAAGAUUCCAAGAGCUUAGUCGAUAUACGGAGCUCACUUUUCAUUGAACUUGUCCGCAUAUUGAAGGUUCUUGACGUGGAAGAGGAAAUUGUUGUCAUCCAGACAGCUGUCGGAACGUUAGAGGCAGAACUAAGCCGUUUGCGGUUGAAAUUCUUCGUCAAGGCCGAUGGACGUGUGGCAUCAAAAGAGUUCAGUGCGCUGAUUGAUCUGGACCAAGACGUGGGGUGCUUCUACGGACUCAACAAGAACCUGGCCCUCAUCGAUUCCUCCAAUAAUACAUCGGUCAUUGUUCCGUACGGAUAUCCGGUUGUUACUAGGAAGGAUCACCAUGUUGCAGUCGACAUAAAUCUACCCACGGGAAAUCGUGUGAAAUACAUGCAUUAUUGCUUAGACAAGCAUCUGCAAAUUCUGCGAGGAUCGUGCCCCUUGGCUAUCUUGUAUCAAGCUUACUUGCAUGCGAUCACCUCUUUUCCUCUCCCUGAUGAGUUGACUCGCCGCUCAGGCACCGAAGAGGCUAUCCGUAUUCUACGACAAGAAUCGUUGAGAUCAUCAUUCCCCCUUCACAAUGAUUGCAUCGAGACUCUGGAAAGGAUUGCAGGUCUUACGCCGUGCCGCACCUUUUAUCCUCGACACCUUCGUGUCAUGCAAACAGUUCUAUGGUCUAGUAAUCUAGGUCAACUUGCCCAGCAUGACGACUUCCAGCCCUUGUCACAAGAGAUUCUUCAGUCCUCUGAAAAAUGCUCGUACUUUCAUGAUGCCGAACUGAGGAAAAACUACAUCUUUUACCAGGGGAGUACGGAUCUGUUGACACGUGCUCGUUGCCGCAACGAACAGCUGAGAAGCUCAGACUUCAGCGGGCCUCCUACUUCAUGUAUUAAGAAAAAUUACGAAUCCCGCGAUUGUGACAUCUCAAGUUUUCGCAGCAGCCAUGUAGACACCUACUCCUUGAUUUCCUUGUUCUCUAUCCUUGCAUUUGAAGGGAAGAUUCACCACUCGAUUCUCCUUCAACUACUUCAGGUUGCUUUCUCAGGGAAAUGCAAAAAUGUUGCAGUGCCACCCGACUGGGUCAAAUCGCUGAACCUCUCCCUAGGGGAGGAUCUGGUCCAUGCUCAAGUUGAAAAUGCAAUCAGGAAUUCCUAUCGGAUUUUCACCCAGACACACAAUCCAUACCUCACACGCGCGCAGCGAACCGAGAACUACCGAAGGGCUGAAAUAGAGCGGGAAGAAAAAAAGAAUAGCGAUAUUCGGUUAUGUGGGUCGCAUGUGAAAAGCCAGUGGCCAUGCAGAAAUCCCCAGCUUCCAUCUCAAGAUUUGAUUCCACGGGUUCUUAGAACAGCGGCAGAUGAAAAAUGCAAAACACUCUGUGGCAACUGGUUCCAAAAUAGGAAUUUCCUUCGGUUCCUGCGCCAGGUGGAGAGCCAAGUGCCGCCCUCCAACUCUGGAAAUAAUAACACGGUGCCUGUUCCGACCCCCUAUGUGCAUCCCCGCUCGAUUAAAUACAUCCCGUUCUGGCAACUCAGUCUGUUUGACCUAAUCCAGAGGUCUCGCCCAAAUCCCACUCAGACUCCACUUGACCCGAUGACCUACCAUGGGCCUCCUCUCAUUUUGCAACCGACUCCCGAGCUUUGGAGCCUUGCAAAUUAUUUCCAGGCUAGUUCAAACCGAUGCCAACAAGAAUAUGGAAACGGGCUAAGUCACAGCAUCCAAGCAUUGGAUGAUUUCUCAGGUUCGGUACCUCCAACUGGAAAUUCCGACCUUUCUGAAUCUUUCGACUGGCCGACGCAAACAAAUGCGGUUCUUUCACAUCAGAUUAAGCUCCAGAAACAGAAAGACUCACAAUGGAAUGAGAUAGUCGCCACUUUGACAAUUGAUGGAGAGAAAUUUCCAGCAAGAACUGACACUGUCAGGCCUUCUAUCACCGUGUGGUCGAUUCUGUCUAUUUUGGCUUCUUACCAAUGGAAGAACGUUCCCGCCGAGUGGAGAGAAUUGCUUGUGGCAUUCGGGAAGUCAAUAUCUGCUUUGCGCCGGUGCGAGCGACUUAGUUCCUGUAUUGAAAAGCAUGAUAUCGAUGGGUUCUUGAGAGAGGCAGAAAGCCCAGGCUAUGAAGGGUGGGACCCUUUGAUCUACCCUACCUGGCUGCUUCUGGAAAUUGAAAACAACAUUACCAUUCGAAAGCGCCAGGUGGAAGUCGCAGUUCGAAUGAUCAAACCAGAUGAUGGUGAAAAUUCAGUGCUUCAACUCAACAUGGGUGAAGGCAAGACUUCCGUCAUUACACCCAUGGUGGCUGCCAUUUUAGCAAACGGCAAUAAUCUCCUGAGAAUAAUUGUCUUGAAACCUCUCUUGAGGCAAAUUGAUGCGCUUCUUUCUCAGCGCCUUGGGGGUCUGAUAAAGCGCCGCGUUUACCACAUUCCAUUCUCGCGUCAGACCCAACUGAGUUCAAGCACAGUUUCCCAGCUGCAGUUCAUAUAUCAGCAAUGCUGGCGCAAUAGGGGUAUUCUGAUUGCCCUUCCCGAACAAAUACUGUCGUUCAGGCUCAUUGGGUUAGAUGCCGCGGAAAGAAACCCCAAGAUGUUUGCACCACUGAUAAGUCUUGAGAAUUGGCUUCAAAAAAAAUGCCGAGAUGUCAUUGACGAAAGUGACGAAGUUAUGGACACCAAAUUUCAGCUGGUUUACACCAUGGGUACACAGCAAUCCCUCGAUGGGCUUAGUGGUCGCUGGGAGACGACACAGAAUGUGCUUCGCCUGGUCUCAACAGAGGCGAGGCGCCUUCACAUGGAUGAUCCAAGAUGCAUCGAGAUUGAUCAGUCAGGUUACCGCUACCCUAUUCUGCGAUUUUUGAAACCGAACGCUAUCGACCGACUCCUCAAGUACACUCUCAAGUCGAUUUCGGAAAAUGGAAUUCCGGGAUUCCCUUUCACUCAAUGGACAUUACGGGUGAAGAAAAGUGUGUUGAGAUUCAUUGAGCAUUCUGAGCUGACCAAAGAGGAUGACUCUAUCAUCCAGAAAGAGUUUGAUGGGAGUAUCUUUAUCACCAAGCUUCUCGUUUUACGAGGUCUCUUUGCUCAUCACAUCCUGAGAUUCUCGCUUGCCGAGAAACGUUGGUUAGUAGAAUAUGGUCUUCACCCGUUCCGAUGUUUGAUGGCUGUGCCAUAUCGUGCCAAAGGUGUCCCAUCCGAACGUGCAGAAUUUGGACACCCUGAUGUGGCAGUGACUUUGACUUGUCUCAGCUACUACUACGAGGGACUAACAAAGGAGCAACUGAGAGACUGCUUCGCGCUCUUGGCUAAACUGCACGACCCCUCGACAGAGUUCCAGAAUUGGGUCGCCCCAUGCAUUGAUGCUCUGCCCGCUGGUCUACGGACAUGCUCAGGCGUGAACCUCGAGGACGAUAACACUUUCAGUCAAAUUUUGUUCCCUCUCCUCCGCUAUCAAAAAGCGAUACUUGAUUUUUAUCUCUCUCAUUUUGUCUUCUCCAGAGAAGCGAAGGAGUUUCCGCGGAAGCUCUCAUCUUCCGCGUGGGAUAUCCCUGCACGGCGUGGUCUGCAGCUGACCACAGGCUUCAGCGGUACAAAUGACAACCGGUUUCUCCUACCUCUGUCAGUUCAUCAACGGGAUCUCGGUGAACUUCUUCACACCAAUGCGAUGGUACUGCGUUUGUUGCUGCGCGAGGAUAACAGGCAAUGUAUCUUGGCACAGGACGAGGAAGGGAGACAGCUGGAUGUUGAUCAGCUCUUGAAGCUUGUGAUCGGAACCGGUGAAGUCUCAUCCAAGCCUGUGCGAGUUUUAAUUGAUGUUGGUGCCCAAAUCCUGGAGGCCGAGAACCAGUCAGUGGCCCAAAAAUGGCUUGACAUGACCCGAGAGGGAGAUGUAGAAGGCGCUAUCUUCUUCAACAACGGUGAUGAGAUUAUGGUUAUCGACCGGGCAGGGCAUCACCACUCGCGCGGUGUGGAUUUGAAGUUACCCCCUGCGACGCGAGCUGCCGUCACUCUGGGCCCAAGACUAACGAAGGAUAAACUUGUACAAGCCUGCAACCGACUUCGUGGUCUUGAAAAGUGCCAAUCGCUUCUAUUUCUAAUUCCGCCGGAGGUCAGCCACAAUAUGAGGUUCAGCCUGGGAAUAUCAUCCGACAGAGAUUUUACUUCAGCAGAUGUGCUCAAGUGGUCUAUGGUUCAAACAUGCCAGACCCUGGACAACCUACGCCCACUCUGGGCAAACCAGGGAAUCCAGUACCAUAGGAGGAUCAGCCUUUGGGAUUUGCUUGUGGAACAAAGAAACCCCUCCAAGGAAACAGCCAAUUCUAUGCAGGAGCCUGAAGCCCAGACACUUUCCCAGCUCUACGCACCUUGGAAUGAGAAUAAAGCGACUACGGAUGGCCACAACGUGGCCGAAUGGGAUGUCAACAAUGCCCAAAUUCGACAGCUGUUGGAAACUUUGCAGUCCACUGCAAAUCAUGUUGUGACUUCUACGUAUCUUCAUGAAGAGCAGGAAAGGGAAAUUGCGUGCGAAGUGGAGCUAGAACAACAAGUUUUUCGGCCACCAUCAUACACUCCCAACAGCCACAAACUCCAUGACGAUAUUCAAUAUUUCGCCAACUUCGGCAAGUUCCCUGGCAAUCAAUCAUCCAAGGCUGUCACAUUAGCCUUCCAGGGUCUAGUCAACACAUCUGCUGGCAAAUUGUAUCAUCCAAAUCCGCUGGGGCCUGGAUUGUAUUCCACUUUGGACUUCAAUCAAACUGUGAAAAUUUCCCAAAAUGAUCUCAUGGAUGAUUUCUGCAAGCAGGUGAAUUGGAUUCUGUCCAGUCUUCAUAGCGAUGUUCUUAUCAUCGUGAGUCAGUGGGAGGCCAACGGACUCAUCAAUAUCAUUCGCAAAUCAGAGAAUACCAGACUUAACCUCUACGCCCCCCGGGUAACAAAGCCGAUGCGGUCCUUCCGUCAUCUUGACUUCUUUGGCAUUGGCGCGAACAUUCCGACGCGGCCUAACACCACGAUGACACGGUGUUUAGAGAUGUUUUCUGGGAGCCUUUACUUCAGCUCGUUUGAAGAGUAUAAGGAUUUCCGUGCAUUUUUAGGGCUUCUUACGGAUGAUCUUGGUGAAAUUCCAGAUGGUGGCAUGAGCAAUGAAGGAUUCGUCAAGUUCUUCACCCGCCUGCAACUUCAAUGGCCGACUGACUCGCCCUUUGUUCAGAAUCCACUUCCAUUCCUCAGUGCCCUAAUUCAUAUUCGAACUAAAGGGAAUGGAUACCAACAGUCACAUGUUGGCACAAUUAUCAAAGCCAUGCCAUUGAGUGCUGAGCGGUUUUGA